AAGUUUGUCGAAUACUUGUAUAAUACCAUGAAGAUGGCGUUGGUGUUUUAAUUGUAAAAAAAUCCUGUAACUAAAUUUCAGUUCAAGGCUUAGCUUCCACAUUAUGGAACCUAGAUCUGAAGUGCCUGAAGAAAUCUUAUUAGGUAUUAAAACUUGAUGAUAGCGAUACAAUAUACAAACAAUUUCGAGUGCUCGUUAUACCGGCCACUUGAAUCUUACUGCAUAUAAGGACCGGAAUGGAAUAACCACACUCAUUUAUGGUGCUGCAGCGUUAUAAGUAACUGAAAAUGCGGGUGCUAGCGCUGUUAGUGUUAGCUGCGGCGGCAGUGAGCGUGUCCUGCGUGGACAUGUGGUUCAACUCCGCCGUUGUGUACCAAAUCUACCCACGCUCCUUCAUGGACAGCAACGCCGACGGCAUCGGGGACUUAAAUGGUAUAAAACAAAAGCUGCCGUACUUACAAGAGCUGGGUGUGGAUGCAAUCUGGUUGUCUCCUAUCUACAAGUCUCCUAUGUACGACUUUGGGUACGACAUCGCUGACUAUAAGUCCAUAGCGACUGAGUACGGCACUAUGGAUGACUUCGAUGCUCUCAUGGUGGAAGCUAAAAGACUCGGUGUCCGUGUGGUGUUGGACUACGUGCCCAACCACACAAGUAACGAGAGCGUAUGGUUCACAAACUCCAUAGACAAAAUAGGCAACUACACUGAUUACUACAUCUGGGCGGACGGCAUACCUGACGAAGCGAACGCUAGCAUUCUCAACCCGCCUAGCAACUGGAUCAGUGUAUUCCGAAACAGUGCGUGGGAGUACAAUGCUAAACGAGGACAGUACUACCUGCAUCAGUUUGUCAUCGGUCAGCCAGAUAUCAACUAUCGAUCACCAAUACUGCGCGAAGAGAUGAAGGACGUGCUUCGUUUCUGGUUGGAGAAGGGAGUGUCAGGGUUCCGUGUGGAUGCGGUCAACAUGCUGUAUGAAGUGGACCCGGCUGAUUUCGGCGGCAUUUAUCCUAACGAACCUCUGUCAAAUACCACUACGGACGUUAACGACUAUGGGUACCUCCUGCAUCCAUACACGAAGGAUCUGAACGAGACUUACUAUGUAGUUUAUGACUGGAGAGAUGUUCUCAACGAGUUCGCCCAAAACGAAUCAAAGAUCAUGAUGACGGAAGCUUAUACGGACAUGGACCUGAUGAUGCGCUACUAUGGGGAAGGGACCCGAGACGGAUCUAUACCAUUCAACUUCAUUUUCCUCGGGGAACUUAACGGACAGAGUACGGCGAACAAUAUGCAAACUGUUAUUGAGAAGUGGAUGUCGAAUAUGCCAUCUGGAAAGAUCGCUAACUGGGUGAAUGGUAACCACGAUAACACACGAAUGGCUUCAAAGCACGGCGUGAAGAGAGUGGACGCUAUGAACAUGCUGGCCCUCAUUCUACCAGGAGUCACCAUCACGUAUCAGGGCGAGGAGCUUGGAAUGACAGAUGGCAACAUCAGUUGGGUGGACACGAAGGACCCGCAGGCCUGCAACACGGAGGACCCCAUCAACUACUGGAAGAGCAGCCGCGACCCGGCGCGCACUCCCUUCCACUGGGACGCGUCCGCCAACGCGGGCUUCUCCACCGCCAACUCCACCUGGCUGCCCGUCGCCGCCAACUACGAGACUGUCAACGUCGCCGUCGAGAAGGCAGCCGCUAAGAGUCACUACAAGUUCUACAAGGAUGUCGUAGCCCUGAAACACACCCCCGCGGUCGCCUCCGGUUCCUUGGGGACACAUGCACUCUCCAGUGAUGUGCUGGUCGUUACCAGGGUCCCGACAAGUACAAGUGACGCUACGGUCGUGGCAGUAUUGAACCUGGCGUCUACUUCCACCACCCUGGACCUGACCUCUGUAGCCGGAGUGCCACAGACCUUGCGCGUGGUUGCGUCAGGUGUCGACUGCGCACUCAAUAAAGAGGUACAAGUACAAAGAAACAGUCUAACUGUGUCUGGCAACUGCGCUAUGGUACUACAGACUGGUUCAGAUUCUGGUGGCAACGGGAACGGUACAGACCCUGGCGGUAACAACGGCACGGACUCUGGCAAUGGAACCACCCCCGUCCCCUCCCCCGGUGGCAGUGCCCCAACAUUCACGAUCCCAUUAAUGUUGUACAGCAUUAUAACAUUGCUCUUAUUCCUACAGUAAUUUAAAAAUUCAUUCAUGAAGCCUUUUCAUGCGUUUUUCUAGUGAGGUUUUAUAGUUUUUUGUUAUUGAGAUUGUUUUUAAUAACUGGAGUCUAGUAUCAUGAGCUAUCAAGACUCAGGAUUUGAAAGGUGUAUUUUACAGUCUUGUAGCUAACUUCAAGCAUUACUUCAGUAUAACAUUGUCGAGUUAUUUAUGUCUUUCCAUGAAAAUAGAUCAAUUCUUUACUUAAAAACACCUCUAUUUGUAAUGACAGGAUGUUAUAGAAUUUGCAACUGAAACAGGCUGUUAUUUUGUGUUAUCUUUCAAAAUAUAUAGCAUUUCCAUCUAAACGACAUCAAUGUGUAUGUGGGAAUAUCUUGUAUAAGUAUAGAUUAAAUUAUUAAUAUGUUGUAAAUAGAGAAUAACAUAAGUAGUAACUUGUAGAUCCCCACUUCACAUAGACUUGUCCAUAUAAUUGUUUGUAAUGAAUUUAAUUUAUACUUUUGUUAUUAUUUAUAAAUAAAUUUCUUGUGG